CGAUGCCGAAACCCGCCCUGAGCCAGAGUGCCAGGCACGGAUCAAGAUUAUCAGCAGAGCACUGGCAGUGGCACUCCUAACACUCACUCCCCCCGCCUGAGCCCCGCUAGUGCCACAGUUUACUGCAGGAGGAGGAUGAGUUGAGUCAUGAGUGAUGGCCUCAGCCCACCACCACCAGCACACUCGCAAUGGCAUCAAAGUGUUCAGGAUCGUGGUGCUGGGAGAAGGUGGGGUGGGCAAGUCAGCUCUCACCCUACAGUUUGUGAGCCACAACUUCCUGGAGUACCAUGAUCCAACCAUUGAGGAUGCAUACCAGCGGCAGGCUGUCAUUGAUGGGGAACCUGCCCUGCUGGACAUUCUGGACACUGCCGGGCAGAUUGAAUUCACUGCUAUGCGGGACCAGUACAUGAGAUGUGGCGAAGGUUUUCUGAUCUGUUACUCCCUCACUGACCGCCGUAGCUUUGAAGAAGUGGCAGGUUACAAAAAAUUAAUCACCAAAGUGCGUGCUGCAGAUUCUAUUCCUAUUGUUCUAGUGGGAAACAAAGUUGACUUAGAUGAUCGGAAGGUCACCACAGAGGAAGGACAGGCUCUGGCACAAACAAUGGGAUGCCCAUUUUUUGAAACCUCAGCAGCUCUUCGCCAUUUUGUUGAUGAUGCCUUCCACAUGCUGGUGAGGGAGAUACGAAAGAAGCAGAAGGAAGCAGCUGGAGGGGUGUCGUCGGAGAGAAGCAAGCCUCUCUCCCGAUGGGCAAGAUUUAAAAAUUUAUUUUUGUGGAUAUUUCGCCGGCCUCGCUACAAGAUGGUGUCUUGCACUGGGUGAGUAGAUUGCAAGAUACUCUGUUCUGAAGUGAAUCUCAGCACAAAACUUGAAAAUAUGUGAAGAAACUUUAAAAACAUUCUUCAUUUUACUAAAUGUGUAUCUAAGGAUUAUUUAAUUGUAUCAUAGUGAAAAACAUGCAAAACUGUGCUUUACUUAGUGUAUUAGGAAUCAUGUCUGACAAAUAAUUAAAAUUUGCAUAGCAGUUUGUCUUUGCACGCUUACUGACUGCUGUCAGACUUGUGACCUGCUGAGGUGACAUUCUGUGUUGAACUUAACAUCUACUCUGUUCAGUUUGGCUUGUGAAUAAGAAUUUUUACAACUUUCAGAUGAAGGCCUUACAGUAAUGAUAACAAUUGCAGAGUACUACCAGUACUGUAUGAUGAUAUAAUCUUGGGUGGCAUGAGCUUUUAAAAAGUGAUUUUGCUGCACACCACAUAAAAAGUAGCAUUAGAAUGAUCAUUAACAAAUGAUUGCACACACCAGUUCCUUUAUUCCCUUUUUGAAAACUGAAUGCCACAGUAAGUAAUGAAACAAUGUAGAACAAGGAACAUCUCAGUGGAUUUCCACAGGAAAUUAUGACAGAAAUCAGUGUGUAUUCAACGAAGUGUUGCUUUAAUUAAAUAAACAAAAAGCAUUGAUCAUUGAGCACAAGCAUUGAAAACAUUCAUUCCACACCUCAUUACUGAUGACUGUAAAUGAACCAGAUUCACUGUACAUAUUCCAUUGUUCAAAAAAUAUUCAAUCAGUAUGGAAUGUUAUGAAAAUAAAUGUUUUUGGUUAUUAGAUAAGAAACACAUGCAGAUAACAAGCUUUAAGCAUCUUUGUAUUGUAAAGUUUAAGAUUGCAGCUUUAAUACAUUUGAGGAUGUAUCCUCUCUGCUAACAAGCUAAAACAGCUUCCCUCAUGGAGAAAUUUAUCUGAAAUUUACUAUCAGUAUUCCAAUGACUUCAGAGGUCUUUAAGGUACUUCAUUCUUUGUUGUUUGUUGUCUUUAUCAUACAGAAAAAUAUGCACUCUAAUCUAUCUGAAUUUUUGUGUAUUAACAUAUAAUAUCACAGUUUUAAGGUAUCCAGAUUUGUAAAUCUUGUACUGUGAAUAUUUCUUAAUACUUCCUCCCAUGAGACACUAGUGUUUUGAGUUAGCAGUGUUUCAAGUGCAUUACAUCUGCUCAGAUGUGUUGGUAUUUUAGUCCAAUAGUUUUGUUACUUCCUUGUGAUUGCAAUGGACAUCAGUGACACCGGUGUACAUACUUGCUCUUAUGCAAAAAAGAAAAAAAAAAAAAAAGGUAUGUUUGAUGCAAGUGGAUAUGUUUAGAUUUAAUUGUGACUUAUCAAAAUAAGCUUGAUAAUGAUGAUGUGCUUUAGAAGGCCUCAUGCAUUUAUCAUAUGAACUUGUGAUAUUGUUACUAUGCGAUAAAUGACUUACCCAUUUACUUACUUAUAACUAUGUAAUUUGUUGAUGAAUAUAAAACAAAGGACCUUUUCUCUGGCAUGCAUGGGACUGAAGGGCAUAAAAAGUUGCAAAAUAUCUACUCUUCUAUUUUGAUCAUUAUGGUUCCAACAUUGAAAAAAAAAAAAAAAAAAAAUUACCAACAAUUCAUCCAUCUGUAUGCCAGGCUGAGAUCCCCCUGGAGGAAGGUAGCCUGAAUACAAGUUCUUUCACAGUUGAACCCCAUAAUAUUAUGCAAUUAUUUUGCCUUACUUUAGUAAGGUUGAUGAGCAAAAAUUUGUAUAUGUGUAAAGAGUGUGUAAUGUUGAAUUGUCUGUGUGUUAUGAUGAAUGAGACAAAAUCUUGGGUGGAUGAGCUUGCAGUACACAUUGUUCUAUCUUUUCAUCAUCAUAAUUUUACUUCAUAUUCAUAGCAAUAAGGCAUUUGUCUUUUUUAUCCUUAUCUUUAUCUAAUGUGUAAAUAUUUAACAUAAAUGUUCAUUGCUAAAAAGACAUCAAGCUUUAAUGCUGUUAGCCUUAUUUAUGAAAAGAUUUCUGAAUUUUUUUUUAUAAAUUUGAGAUCUAGUUGUGUAUUACAGUCAAGACUGUAGUAUCCUCAUCUUAAAUGUCAAGACUUGCCGUUAGCAUUUACCGUUAUCAGCUAAGUUUCCUGUCACCUCCACCUUGACACUAUACACAUCUCUUGCUUUUUUGCAUACGAAUACAUCUUAGGGUAGCAGUCAUGAAGAAAAAAAACUAUGUAUCUUAUAGAUAAGUGCAGUCACAGUCAGAAGUUGCUUAUCAUGUUACACUCACUUCCACAGAGUUUAGCAUGUUCCUUCAACCUGAAAUUUUUUGAUCUGUUGAAAACCAAUCAUUUGUCAGGUUUUAUAAGAUUGCCAGUAGAAGUGACAACAUAAGAUUGAGGAAAAAUGCCAAACAUGAUGGGAAUGAGUGCAGGAGGUUACUCAGUACUUGAAUAGGCUCACAGAAUACCUUAGUUUUACUCCCCCAAGCUCCCCAUCCAUCCCCUGCCCCCCCCCCCCUCUCUCUCUCUCUCUCUCUCUCUCUCUCUCUCUCUCUCUCUCUCUCUCUCUCUCUCUCUCUCUCUCUCUCUCUCUCUUUUCCAAGCUCGUCGGCAUUCCCUAGAUCACAUUCCCCCAGAAAUUCCUAUCCACACCCACAUGGUGAGUCAGCUUUCUAUAGUUCAUGUGAGAUGCAGUGUUGUGUGUAUCAGCAUUGUACAGCUCAUUGUGAGCUUUAUACAACGAGCUACAAAUUCUGCCAUUUUCUUACUUGUCACAUUAAAUAUUUCCUUCUACUGUCUUGCUUUAUUCUUGCUGUAUGCAGUGCCUGAUGCAAAAUAUCACAAUUAUUUUUCAUUCAUCCAAUUCCGAUAAAGUAUAAUUUUAGGUGUGCUGUUAGGAAAGUGUUUUUUUUUUUUUUUUUUUUUUUUUUUUCUUCUUCUUCUAUUUCCCUUUCUCUAUGGGAUAAAGUUUGUGAAACAGCCUCAUUUACAAAUUUUCAAUAAAAAGUUGCAUGCUGAGACAUUUUUCUCAGGAAGAAUUAAAAAUAGCAUUGCAAGACACAGAACAUUUCUGCUUUGAUUCACUUGACUGUCAAAUGUGCAAGUAUAUAUGUGCUGUGUAGCCUUGUGUGUGCUCAGUGUAUGGUGUUGUAUCUGGCAGUAACUCUAUUGUUUUGGAUGGAUUUUGAACAUGCUUGUUGAGUCCCAUGUUGUCAAAAAGAAGUAGCACUGCAUUUAUAACAUACACCUGAAUAGUGUGCUUGCCUGGCUCUGAGAUCUGGUUGUGCUGGCAACCAGUGUGGUGCUCUUGCUCAAUGGUAGUCCCACCACGUAGAAAACUGCACAAGAAAGUGGAGCCCGCAAGUCUUGGAGGAGUAGAAUUUUGACAAUGCAGUCAGAUCUCUCAAGGUUUUACCUGAGAGUACCUACCUACUCACAGUAAGUCAGGGACAUGUUAUACAGGAAAACCUUGUCAGUGCAUCCCAUUAUGUAUAUGAUAUGUGUAUUGCUCCCAGCCUAAUUUUCUUGUAGGCAUUCUGGAAAGUGGGAUGCCAGAUAAAUGGUCCCUACAUAUAAAUAAUGGUGAUAUUGGUGCUGUGUGUUGACCAAAAUAUGUAGUGUAUAGUUGUGCGUGCUGGCCACAUGUGUUCUUGUGAGACGUCUGUUGUUUUUCUGGAAAAUUUUACAUUUUAGCUUUGUCAUGUUAAACCUAUGAUUUAGCAACAACACAAAUAAAUAGGAGAGGAACUUUUCAAUUGCUGCAAAAAUAUAUCUUCACAUUUAGAAUUUUAGUACUACUGUUAUACUAUUGGCUUUUACUUCAUACCGUCAUCCUAUUUAUUACUUGAUGAACUAGCAUUAUAAUGAAGGUGUUGCACCUUAUGCUUACUUAAGUAUCUCCACAUUUCUAGAUAUGUAUCUCCACAUCUCAUUACAUGUAGCAUUAGAUAAUGAAAACUGCUUUGUCAUUUCAUUCAUCUUUCAUUUUCAGUAUUAACACAUGAAUGAAUGAUGUGUUUGUUUGUUUGUUUUUUUAUGUGAGUUAUUUUCCAUGUAAAGGGAUUAAAGUGAAUUAUUUUUUGUAUUACUACCCAGUUUAUGUGACAAUGAAAAACAAUGAUUGUUUUUUUUUUGGGGGGAAAUAUAUUGACAUUUUCUCA